AUGCAUGAGACCCUACAGGUCGAUAAUGGCUUUCCAUUUCUAACCAUCCUGCGCACCCCGGAUCAACAAGAGAUUGAUAAAUGGGGAACCGAAUCACCGAUUGAGAACUUCGAAACCGGAUUCCUGGGAAGGAGCGAAGAUGAGCUCCGUCGUUUUUACCGCCAAUGGCUCGCCGAAACACCCGGAUCUUCACAGGGGGACGUUAACGAAAACAUGAUGGCGGUGCUGGACGAACGGUCCGCCAUCGACUCAACAAUGAUACUAUACUGGGGAAUGAAGAACCGUCACUGGGAUGACUAUUGCGAGUUUCAACCUGAUAAACCGAUUACCGGGAAUGGCAGGUUGUGUGAGGACGGGUAUAUCUGGUGGAAGUGGAGGGUGCCUUUUAAGCAUGCAUUUGAACUCUUCCUGACGGCUGAACACUGCGAUACUGAGGUCGUGGAGCUUUUCUGCCGGCCGGAAUAA